GACUGUGUAAUGAGUGGAGCACCCAGGGAAGUGCGGCGAGACCGACAACUGGAUGAUCCAAUUGUUGCUUUUGGUCUGAAAUGUUAUUAGCUGCAGUUUUUAGACAAAUGUGAGAGAACCACUUCAUUAAUACUUCUUAAAAUAUAUUUAAAGCUAUACUAUGUUAAAACAUUGUAAAAAGGCAUGAAAAAAUGUUUAUAGCCAAUUUGUUUUCCAAAUUAGCUAAAAACUGUGUAUCAUUCAUCCAUUCACACACACACAUUCACACACUGAUGGUGAUGGUGUCAAACAAGUCGUGGUAGAAAAUCACAUCCUUUUUUUAAGCUAUCUUUAGCAUUGCAGCACAGCUAGCCACUACAGUAAGUUAGCAAAUAAGCAUUUUGAAACUCCCGUGAGCCUUUGCUUGAAGAGUAAAUGACUUGUGAAAUUGUUUGUGAUUGAUUUCUUUGUCAUUUGUGUUACCUAAUCCAGUCCAACUUUAGCUCAGUGGCUGCAACAAUUGUUAGCUACGGUGGCCAUCUUGAACUAGUUUAGCCAACCAGUAAUUCCUGAAACUCAUCCAGUGGUUAAUGAUAAAUGACCCGCACUUGUACAGCACCUCUCAGAGUAAGGACUCCAAAGCACUUUACACUACAGUGUAUCAUUCAUCCAUUCACACACACAUUCACACACUGGUGGUGAUGAGCUACUACUAUCAACCAGUUGAGCUACUGCUGCCCUAAUGAGAUAUGUUGUUAAAUACAAGCACACAAUACAACAAUAACAAUGCACUAAAAUGAAAAAUACCCGUCUCAAAAUCGUUUUGACCCUUUUCACCAAAUUUCCCAAACAGCUCAUAAACCAGUGCUCAUUUGUGGUAACUCCAUCCAUCUAUUUUAGGUCUUUUGUCUAUUUAACUGAAGUAGAAACCCACACAAAAACAUAGCACAGUCACUCUUUUCUUCACACAAACAUUUAACUCUAAACAUAAAUCGAAAGUCCAAAAUUUGCUUUUGCACGAACAUAAACAGCAAAUAAAGUCUUGUAACGAUCAAACGUUUGAGGGAGCUUGAUUUGCUCAUCCUAAUUUAGUAACAAUAAAAGCAGAAUCAGACUCAUUUUACUGUUAAACACAACAGAUUUGGUUUUGCAAGCCUUAACAUUUCCAUUGCCACUUGCUGUGGGCAGAAAGUACCUACUACUAGUCACUAUCCCGAUCCCAGACGUGGCGUUGUACAAAUAACACGUUUAUGGACCUUCAGUUGGAAGCGGUCAUGCAGCUUUUUGUAUUUGAGUCAUGCUGAGGACUUCAACAACAGACAUACUUGCAGAAAGUUGCUCCUCUCCUACUGUCUCAUGUAAUCUUUCAUAAAACCAAGAGUUUGCCAACCACAUGAUUCUUCUUAGCGUGUCUGAAAAGCAUCUGCUGAAGGAUUAGCUCAAUGCAGCAGAGGGUAUUUGAGUCCACUCAAACAGACAGAUGCAUUUCUCUCCAGAUCUUCAAAUUCCAAGCACAAGUGUACACAACCCAUCAAGAUGCCAAUCAAAUCAUCAAUCAUAUUGAUCCAGCUGAUCCAUCUUGCCUGACAGGGCGUUUCUGGAUGGGUAGGUCGUAAUGUUGGGUUCAUGCUGUCCACACUGUGGAAUUGAUUCUGUGCACCCACAGUUCACGUCUCCCUGGUUAAUGGGUGAUUAAGCCGGCGCAGGAGACCACAUGACUGAUGAGGCUGCAGGACUGAAUUCCCAACUACAGUGGGAAGUGCCUGGAAGGCCAAUCUAUCGAAGCGCUAAAGGAAUCUUCAAAACAUGCUACCUACCAUCCCUAAUACUGCGUUAUUUUUUCAUAUGACCUUUUAGAAAUGGAGUUUUUACGAAGUCUGGAAGCAGUUUAUGCAAACUUUAUCUAUAAACCGCUGUGAGAAACAAUACAGUGCUUCACUUGUAGCAAGGAGUUUAAGUUUCUGUAUAAAAAUAACCACUUCAUGUAAAAUUCACUGUGAACAGAUAACAUCCAUAAAAACCAAUAUUAACCUCUUCAUUGGCAGGUCAACGUGGGAGAAUAUACUUUAGAUUCUGUAUCUAAAUGAAAUAUGUGCUAAACCUCCCUGAAAAAUCUAUUAAACUGAACAUUUUAUUAAAAUUAUGAGGCUGUUUGAAGAAAAAGUUAAGCAAUAUUGCAUUCUAUCAUUUCCUUAAUUAUUACAGUAUUUGUUUUAUUAAAAUUCAGCUUUCUUUCAAAGAAAUACAGUACAGCUCCAAAUGUAUAUAACAAUCUCAAGAAAGAAAAUCUUUUAUUGCUUAAUUUUGGGUGUAGAAAUUAAAGAUUACAUUUGCAACACUGGACGUUUGUUUUGAAAAGGAAGCUACAGUUUGAAAAAGAACCGUUGUUUAAUGCCCUUUACACCAAUAAUAAUGUUGCAUUAGUCAAUCUUGUUCUGUAGAAAUAUUAAGUGAGUUUAUUUAUGAGCAGCAGUACAGUUUGCUUAUGCAAAAAAUAAUAAAAGUACAACAAUUAAAAUAUUAUAAUAAUCAUAAACAUAAAUCAAUAAGUACUAUAAUAUGGACAUGCAUGCAUACUAAUUAAAUAAGUUGCUAAUAAUUAAGAACUUCCUGCUGGAAGUGACUCAGAUGAGCAGGAAGUGCAACAUUUUGCCUCUGACUCUGUAACGCAAAUUUAAUGAUUUGAUUUUAUGUUUAUAAAGAAGAGGUUUGAAGAGCUGUUAUGAAAAUUCGCUCCUAGCUUUGCACAAACUAGAAGUUAUCUCAUCAAUCCUGUUGGAUGUAAACACUUUCUUCAAUCAGAGGCUGUUCAGUGAGGUUAGGUUCAACGUUAACGCACUAGCUCUAUGCUUUUGGUUAGUUAGAUACUCGGAUGUUACGUGAACUUAAGAUUCAGCACUUUUGUGUCACAAAUCAAACGAUUCAACUCUUGAGUCACCUACAAAACUGCAACCACGUCAUUUUACUUGCAAUGAGACGUAUGAGAUGGACGUUUACUGGCCUACUCAGGGGAAUUGAUUCACUUCAAAGCUGUGCGUCCAACUUGAGAACACACUAAACUUAAUUUUAGUUUUGCAGAUAGCAGCUAAGAACGUGAAGGAACAUGCUAUGCUAGGAUGUCCUGUGUGUGGGUUGUUUUCAUACACACCAAAACAGACAGGAAUUGUGUUUCAAACAGGACCAUAAACGCAGGUAUACGUUUUUAAAUCUCCCCACUUUGAUGUUAAAAAGUAGCAAAUGAACCCUUGAACCCUCGGACUAAUCUCCCUCCAGAAGUCCGCGGGGGUCUGGCUCCCUCCAAUAACCCAAAGACACGGCCCGAAACAAGCUGGAAAUGAGUGUGUUGAGCCAGCUGAAGAGCUUCACACACACCGCAAUCCUCCUAACUCCCUGAUAUUUGCUGGAAGAUUUUUGGCAGAACCAAUAAUGAACUUCAAAGUAACCAUCAACGUAAUAUUCACAACAGCCAGUAAAUUGAGAGGAUAUGAAGCGGUUGGAGUCGGAGCGUUCCACAGGUCAGAAGCAGCAGAUGAAGCAGAUAACUUGGUGUCCAGCAUGAGAAAAGGCAGCUUUGCACUGCAUGGGAGCCACGUGGAGCUCUGCUGGUCUCUGGAGGUCCGCUUGUUUUUGUUCAGUUUCUACUUUUCAGAAGAUAAGUCCAGUUUGGCCCAAAGCCAUGUUUGAGAACGUCCUCCAGAACUCGGAGAAUUAUAUUUAGUUGUUUCAAAUUUAAAAAGGUUUUUAAAAUGAUUGCUUUUGUGUGUGUUUAAUGGUAAAUGGUAAAUGGCCUGUAUUUGAUAUAGCGCCUUCUAGAGUCCUGGAACCCCCCAAGGCGCUUUACAACACAAUCAGUCAUUCACCCAUUCACACACACAUUCACACACUGGUGGGGAUGAGCUACGAUGUAGCCACAGCUGCCCUGGGGCGCACUGACAGAGGCGAGGCUGCCGAGCACUGGCGCCACCGGUCCCUCCGACCACCACCAGCAGGCAACGUGGGUUAAGUGUCUUGCCCAAGGGCACAACGACAGCGACAGACUGAGCAGGGCUCGAACCUGCAACCUUCCGAUUACGAGGCGAGCACUUAACUCCUGUGCCACCGUCGCCCCGUUUAGUGCAAUGAAGGUUUUCUUAUUGGUAUCAGAACCUGGUUCUAUUGUAGAGAAAUGGUAUUUUCAUGAUUAUUGUUGAAAUGAUGUUGAUUGUUUCUCGGCUGUCUUUGUCUCUUAGUCAUUACUGAUUUUUGUUCUGCAUUAAUUCUCUUUGUAAUUUAGUGUGUUUUUCUAAAUGAUGUUUUAGAAAAUAAAACACAAUUUCAGUCACGGUUCCCAUUAUAAUUGAUACAAUAUUCCUAAAUCUCCUUUCUUUACUUGAAUGUGAUUAAUAUUUGAGGUCUGCUUUGAAUUACAAAAGAUAUUUCUUUUUUUUUGGGGGGGGGAAGGGUGUUUUUCAGAAAAUAAAAUAAAAGCCUCUUAUGCAGGCGACGUUGUCCCUCAGUCAGUUUGUGGGUUUAAUUUGAUGCCGUGAACACCAAAUUAGUCAAGUGAAACAGCACAUAUAUAAAAGGUUUAUUCUUUCUAUAAUCCCCAGAAAAACAAAAUAAAACAUUUCAGAAAAGAUGUGCCAAUAAAUGCACGUCUGUGUUAAGUCAGAUCACUCUACUGAUAACGUUCACUUGUGCUCUUCACCCGCUGAACCGUUUGAAAAGAAGGUCACUGUGCAAAAGGACCCAACUGACUCAUUUGCAUAUUGUGUCCUUUCUUUUUCAGUAACCAGACCCUUCUGAUUUAUGGUGGCCUUAUAAAAAGCACGGUCGUCAGAGACAGAAGCAGGUCUGACAGAUGCAAGUGCGUUUUAGGAUUUACGACGAACACCGCUUUAGAAUGCUUUGCUGCCGGUAAAUUAUAGCUGUCUGAUCGCGCUGUUUUUAAUUUCCAUAAAGGAUAACCCAUUUAGAUGGGCAGCAGUCAUUUUUAAAAUGUAUACUUUGAAAUAACUCCACAAUAUUAUUGGGUUCUGCUGAUUUAUCUUUCUUUAUUUAUAUUAAAAAAAAACCUGGUUAAGAUCAGUCCUUUUCCAAUAAGUCCCCUCUUUUUGUCCAGCUUUCUUAAAGGAAAAAGUAAUUCUGAAUUAAGUCGUGUAGCUAAAGUGAUACAACAAAGAAAUGCACAUGAAGUCCAGCAAACUUCCCAGACAGAACAACAAGCCCAGGUUCAUCCAAGCUGUUUUCAAAUGAGUCAUUUUUACCGAUAUGCAACCACAUGAUCGCGGUGCCUCGACAACAUUACGGUUACGGCCAAUUUCCGGUCUCUCAAAGUUAUUUUUACAACCUAAAUGGAAGCAAGCUAGACAAUCUGCCUUGAAGGGGGAAUAACUCUGAAAUGAAAAGAAAAAGGAAAGGUGGAGGCUUCUCAUCAGGAAUGGAAAAUGUCUUCAUUUUGCCGUUCUGCAAGUGAUUUUAGAGUCCCUGCACCAAGAUUUAACAUCUUCACAUUGCAGCAGGUUGAUGUCGAAACCCUCAGCAUGACAUGUUUUUUGGGGCUUUGUUUAUGCAAUAAGAAGUGAGCGGUGCUCAAUCUUGCAGGCCUUGGAGCAGCACACUAAAAUAAUCACCUGCACUCAAGUGGCAAGUUCAAAUGCCUGCAGACUGGAGAUGACGUUGUUAAAUAAUUGCUGCCACUUCAAAGUCAUUUGAGGUUGGACUAUAAAAAGCAGUUUUACCAUUUCCUGCUGAAGAAAUGCCAGAUGUUGGUUGGUUUGAGAGGUUUUUUCCGUCAAGACAGAAAGACUUUCCAGAUAGAGAAAAGUAAUGUACAACUCAGCAUUAGCAAGGAACUAGCAUUAGCAUGAAAAGUGUGCUAGGUAGGAGGUGUUGGAACAUGCAGUGGUAGAAAUGAUUCCAAGAUGGCUGCCGAUGGCUGGACUGGUUUGUUUGGUUCAAUGCCUUCUCUGGCUUUUGACAUUUUCUUUCACUUUCUGCUGACUACAGUGAGAGCUACUCAACAGAGAUUCCCUGAAGUAAAACAUUGCCUGGACUUAAACCAAGUUUUGAAUAACAGGAACAGGAAAAAUGGUUAUGUUGGGACAUUGCUUCUCUGCCUGUGGCUUCUGAUUGUUCCACCUGUUCAGAGCCUCAGCCUCAGUCUGGAAAUGGAUCAACCAUCAACUACUGCACAAGGUAACUCUCUGAAUGACAUUCCAAGGCUGAAGUUUUUUGGACAUGGAUAUUUAGCAACGUAUUCCAUCUUCUGGCAAAAAGAACACUACAAUGAGAAAGGAAGCAGACCAAUUAAGCAAAACAAAUGGCAUGCUUACAAUACUACACUGCUGCUGCUAAGUGGGGAUAUACAGCUCAAUCCAGGACCACUGGAAAGUUCUAGCUCUGAACAAAUGGCAAAACUGGACGUUGCGGAGACACUUAUUCAAAGUGAUUGUUGCAGUGGGAUGGAACCAACAAACAUCUUCCAUGUGGAGUCAUCAAUCUGUGCCGGCCCUGCCACCAUCAGGCUACCUGCUACCGUUAGCAGCAGUAGUAGCCCAGUUACCACCAAGCAAGGCCUAGACUUCAGCUGUACUGUUUCUAGCUGCCCAACCUCAGCUGCCAUUAAGCAAGGCCCUCGCUCCAGCUGUACCAGUUCAGCUACCACCAAGCGAUGCCCAGGCUUCAACUACAGCAGCACAGCUACUACCAAGCCAGGCUCCAGCUGUACCAGCCCCAGCUCCACUACCCCAGCUGCCAUCAGGCAAGGCCCAUACUCCAGCUGCACCACAUCGGCUACCACCAAGCGAUGCCCAGGCUCCAACUACAGCAGCACAGCUACUACCAAGCCAGGCUCCAGCUGUACCAGCCCCAGGUCCACUACCCCAGCUGCCAUCAGGCAAGGCCCAUACUCCAGCCGCAUUACUACCAUCAAGCAACGCUCAGGCUUCAGCUGCAGCGGCACAGCUGCUACCAAGCCAGGCUCCAUCUGUACCAGCACUAGCUCCACUACCUCAGCUGCCAUCAGGCAAGGCCCAUACUUCACCUGUCCUAGCUCAGCUUCCACCGAGCGACAGCCGGACUCCAGUUGCAGCAGCGCAGCUGCCAUCAGGCUGGGCUUCAGCUGUGCCGGCUCUGGCUGCUGUGUCCCAGCUGCCUUCGGGCAAGGCCCACACUCCAACUAGGACGGCUGUUCUGCCGGGCAGCGCUCGGCCGGCUGAUCUGGGUGCAGCGAACUCUGCUCUCCCUCCCUGUGCGCACUACAGUCCAGGUAGGCAUGGGACAGUCAAGAGCUUUCGUAGAAUAGGGGCAGGUGCCAUUCAACAAAGAGUCGGGGGACUAAAUCCAGCAAUUAUAAAACUGCGUAAAACCAACCUUUUCCAAAUGGUGAACAACGCUAAAGUUUUAUGGGACCCUCGAUCAAAACCCAGUGGACUACUGGGAGGUCACUUAAAUAUCUGUAGUUUGAGUUCUAAAAGUGAUGAGAUUAAACAUGUACUUAUGGACUCUAACUUGGACUUCCUAUGUUUAUCAGAAACUUGGUUCAAUAAAAACUCCCCAUCUG